CAAGGACUUAUCAACUACAAUAAAGCAGAUGGAAUACAGUUAGAUAAAAAGAUCAAUUCAACAAGUUGGUGAUAUGUCAAAGGGUCAGGCUUGGCUCAAGAUCACAAACCUGAACAUAAAUGAUACCAAUCAGUACAUGGCAAAAAUUGCAAUACAGGAUGCAUCAGACUACAAAUAUGUACCAGUACAGUUAACUGUGAUACAACCCGCACCAACWACAAGACCUCUCCAGACGUCAACCACGGCAAGCACAUCAUUUGUAUCAAACACCAUAACGUCAACUGUACCCCACAACAUAACGUCAAGUCCACCGAAGAAUAUAACGUCUACAACACACUCUCUACCCGGUACGAGUAUUACUGAGAAUCAAUCAAAGCCUAGUGGAACAUGUACCUCGAUCAUCGCAGCAUGUGUCACUGUCAUCGUUAUCCUUGUUGUGGUCAUCGUGGUCUUACUCGUCUACAUUUGGAAARGAAAAGAAAAGUCAGCAAGGAAAAGAAGUUUGUCAGGUAUUAAAGGGGAGGACCUUGGAGCUUACGAGAAUGCCAAUCAGAUGGACGACGCCUCAAAUGUACGAGUGCAUGAGUCAGCCAAGGCAAGAAUUGCCGAUAAAGAAAUGUAUGAAACAAUCUGUGAAAACAGAGAUGAAGACGCCAGCACUCACCUCACGUCCACCCUCCAAGGUGUAGCUUCUUUAUCUGCAAAAGAGAUGAAUACACGUGAUUCUUCAGCCGGUGCACUGGGCCAAAACACCGUACCUUCAUUGCCACAGCAUUACGAAGAACUAACAAAUCUACCAAAGGGCCAAUUAUACGAGCCUCUUAAUAAACGCAACAUUAAGCAUAGCACUGAUGCGGCUGAUAAUCCAAGAACAUACGAACAACUGCAGCAGGAUGUGACAGGAAAAGAGUACCAGUCGUUGCAAAUCAUCUCAAAAGAAGAAGAAAGCAAAGUGUGAUUAUUUUUGUGCGUGUGUUUGUUCGCGAGUCAAAAGUAUUAAAGAGAGUUGAUUAACUCUUCAAUAUUGGCAA